AUGAGUUUCUCCAAUAUGCUCAGCAGGCUCCAGGGCCAACCCGAGAGCUACGAUAAGAAGGCUAAAUAUCGCUUCGGUCGCACUCUCGGAGCUGGAACUUACGGUAUCGUCCGUGAGGCUGACGGUCCUACUGGCAAGUGCGCCGUCAAGAUUAUUCUCAAGAAGAAUGUGAAGGGCAACGAGAGAAUGGUCUACGACGAGCUGGACAUGCUCCAGCGUCUGAAGCACCCUCACAUUGUCAAGUUCGUUGACUGGUUUGAGUCGCGUGACAAGUACUACAUCGUCACUGAACUAGCUACUGGCGGAGAGCUGUUCGAUCGUAUUUGCGAGCAGGGCAAGUUCACGGAGAAGGAUGCUUCGCAAACCAUCAAGCAGGUCCUCGAAGCCGUCAACUACUUGCACCAGAACAACGUCGUACACAGAGGCAAGUUUUGCCAUUAUAACUUGGGUGCCCAUUUCUUUCUAACUAGUAGAUCAGACUUGAAGCCCGAGAACCUCCUGUACCUUACCAGAGAUAUGGAGUCCGAUCUCGUCUUGGCCGAUUUCGGUAUCGCCAAGAUGCUCGACCGCAAAGACGAAGUCCUCACAACAAUGGCCGGUUCCUUCGGCUACGCAGCCCCUGAGGUCAUGUUGAAGAAGGGCCAUGGUAAGCCGGUAGACAUGUGGUCCAUGGGUGUCAUCACAUACACUCUGCUUUGCGGUUACUCUCCUUUCCGCUCGGAGAACCUCCAGGAUCUUAUCGAUGAGUGCAGUAAUGCUCAGGUCGUCUUCCACGAGCGUUACUGGAAGGAUGUCAGCGAUGAUGCAAAGGACUUCAUUUUGCAUCUUCUGCAACCAGAGCCCGUCAAGCGCUGGUCGAGUGAAGAAGCUCUCCACCACCCGUGGCUCAGCGGAGAGAAUGCCACCGACCACAACUUGCUGCCCGAGAUCAAGGCCUACAUGGCCAAGGCCCGUCUUCGCCGCGGUAUCGAGAUGGUCAAGCUUGCCAACAGAAUCGAGACGCUCAAGGCACAAGAAGAGGAUACAGAGGACUCAGACUUCCCAGCCGACGCUAUCAGCGCCGCAGACCAGUCCAAGCACGUUGGCGCACACGAAGUUGCCACUGGCGAGAAGCGCAGCCUUUCCAAGACGAUCAAGGGCGCCAUCUUCCGUGAGGUCGUCCUUGCCAAGGUCCGCGAGAUGAAGCAGCAGCAGGACACACUCAAGGUGAAGGAGGAUGCGGAGAAGGAGCACAGAAGACGCAGCUUUCAGGGAUGA